AUGGAGCAUCAACAAGACAUGCAACCAAGCUGUAGUCAUCAGGCAGAUAUCGAUGAAAUCAUCCAAAAUGAUACAACAAUACAAGUCGACAAUCCACAUGCUGAUGGCCAACAACAGCUAAAAGCCCUUGGCUUAACCGUUUUUAACCAUUCUGACUAUGAGCAAAAUCUUAUUAAUCAAAUUGCACAAGCAAUCAAAGCGGAAGAAGUGCUAGCUGAGAAAGAGAAAGUCCAAUCUCAAUUGCAAAUUCUUCAAGAAACGAUGAGGAAACGCCAUCAGCAACUAGCGACGGUUAAAGAUGAACAUGUAAGAUCCAACGUAAUGUCGACGCUUGAAAAUUUAAGAAAUCAAGAGAAUGAAUUAAAUGAAAAAUUGUCUGUACUGGAGAAAGAAAACACUGAAAGCAGCAAUACUUUAAACGACGAAUGUAGCGGAGAUUCUAGCAAUGACGUUAAUAACAAAUUAGAGUUAUUACAAAAACAACGUGAACAAACCUUGUCUUAUACUAUACCUGAUGAGAAAUUUACAAGUGAUGAUGUAUCUGUUUCCGAUGAAAUGAUCGAAACGGUAUUGGGUGAGCUUGGCGAUGAUAUGUCCCUCAAUGAUACCUUUUACAAGAAUUGGCUAGACGACGGUGAUUUCGAUAUAAAUUCUACAAAUAAUACUGCCGAUCAAAGUCAAGUCAUAAUUGAACCAGACUCUUCUAAUAAUGUACCCGAUAAAAAUGAGAUCGAUAAGGAACUACCAAGUGCCUUAUCAAAAAAGCGUAAAAAGAAUAAGAUUACAAAGAUAGAUCGUUCUCGUAGUUUAAGGGAUACUAGCGGUUCGGAUUUUGAGGAUCAAGGAGCCGAUAGCGAUGAAUAUGUACCUAAUAGUAAAGAGUUAGCAGACAGCUUCUAUGAUAGCGAUGAAAACAAAAAGCGCCGCCGUAAGGAAAAACGUUCCGGCACUUGUACACCCAUUAAAAAUGAUAAAAAGAAUAAAAUGGAUACGAAAGACAAACAAUACCAAGAUGAACCUAUAUCACUACAUCAGCUAAGCAGAAAGCGAAUUAUAUCUACACAAGAUAAAUGUAUCGAUGAUGCCUACAAGGAUGUCUAUCGAACUCGAAUAAGGUUAUAUAAAGAACGCUUUCAGGCUUAUAACCAACUUCUAGAUGCUGUGGAAGGCAAUGAUGUCGGUCAAAUUACUAGCAAGAGUGAUUAUAGUUCAUUCAUAAAUUGUUUCGACAAUGCUUACGAUAUGGUUUUAGAUGGUGGUCUGUCCGUACCUGGUGGCAUCUGGAAAAAAUUGUUCAAAUAUCAGCAAGACGGUGUCCGUUGGAUGUGGGAACUACAUAGACAAGACGCUGGUGGAAUAAUUGGGGAUGAAAUGGGUUUAGGCAAAACCAUACAGGUUAUUGCUUUUUUGGCUGCUCUAAAAUAUAGUAAAUUACCCCAACGCCAUGGAAAGUAUACUGGAUUAGGGCCAGUACUAAUUGUAUGUCCGGCGACAGUUCUUGAACAAUGGGUUGCAGAAUUUCAUAAAUGGUGGCCGCCAUUUAGAAUAGCUAUAUUUCAUGAGACUGGCUCUUAUGCUGGCUCAUUAGAGUCGUUAGUCAAAGACAUAGUCUAUUCGAGAGGCAUCUUAAUUACAACCUACAGUCAUGUUCGCAUAUACCAGACCCUCCUUGCUCAAAAGCCUUGGGAAUAUGUUAGAACACCACAUCGAGUCAUUCUUACCGGUACCCCUAUGCAAAAUAAUCUACGUGAUCUAUGGUCAUUAUUCGAUUUCGUUUUUCCUGGUAAACUUGGCACAUUACCAGUAUUUAUGGAGCAAUUUUCUGUCCCAAUCACAAUGGGAGGUUAUGCUAACGCCACUGAAGUACAGGUCCAAACUGCUUAUAAAUGUGCUUGCGUUUUACGCGAUACCAUCAAUCCAUAUUUAUUGCGCCGUACUAAAGCAGGAGUACAGAAAGACUGUUUGCAUCUUCCCCCUAAAAAUGAACAUGUAUUAUUUUGUCGAUUAACGGAUUUUCAGCGAUGCGUUUAUCAGCAAUAUCUAAAAUCUGAUGAAGUAGCAGGAAUCAUCGAUGGACGAAAUCAUGCUUUUGGCGGUCUCAUUACCCUACGCAAAAUUUGUAAUCAUCCUCAUCUUACAAAUAUUUCCGUACCACGUGUAGCAAAGGUUAACGUGGAUAGCGAAAUUAUUCGAUCUGAUGGACAUUGGCUAUUAUCUGGGAAGAUGAUUGCACUGAAAACGCUGCUAUCACUAUGGAGAGAAAAUAAGCAUCGUGUAUUGUUAUUUACUCAAACGCGUCAGAUGGCAAAUAUCCUAGAAAAGUUUGUAAAAUCUGAGAACUACCCUUAUAUGCGUAUGGAUGGCACAACCAACAUCUCUAGUAGACAAUCGCUAGUGAAAUUAUUCAACAGGAACAAUGCCAUAUUUAUCUUCAUAUUGACAACGCGUGUGGGAGGUCUUGGUCUCAAUUUAACUGGAGCAGACAGGGUAGUGAUUUUCGAUCCAGAUUGGAAUCCUAGUACUGAUAUGCAAGCUAGGGAACGAGCUUGGAGAGUUGGACAAACAAAAGAGGUCACAAUUUAUCGCUUUUUAACAUCGGGAACGAUAGAAGAAAAGAUAUAUCAUCGGCAAGUCUUUAAAGAAUUUCUUACCAAUCGAAUCUUAAAAAAUCCAAAGCAGCGACGUUUCUUCAAAUCGAACGAUUUAUAUGAGCUGUUUUCAUUAGAUUCCACUGAUAAUAACGAAACGAGUGCGAUAUUUGCUGGAACUGGUUCUGAGAUUGACUUACAUAAUAAGAUUAAAAAAUAUCGUCUAGCACGUAAAAGUUCAAGAAAAAAAUCGAAGAAAUCAAGCCGUGGAAAACGUAUUGAGGGAACUAGGGUAGAUUAUGUAGAUAAAGAAGAUAGCUAUCAUUCGUCAUCGCUUGAUGCCAAAACCGGAAAAACGGGCAAUUCAGACGAUUACGUACUAGGAGCUCUGUUCAAGAAAGCUGGCGUACAAAGCGCAAUGAAACAUGAUAAAAUUGUAGAUUCGUCUAACCAAGAUUAUUCUUUGGUGGAAAGUGAAGCCAAGCGUGUGGCAGAGAUUGCUAAGAAGGUUUUAACAAAUUCAAGUCAAGAAUGCAAGAAAUAUUCUAUUGGUAUACCAACAUGGACGGGCAAAUCAGGAAUUGGUGGAGCCCCAAUGGCCAAGCCAAAGUUUGGUAAAUCCUCAGUUUCACAUUCAAAAACAAAACAGGGAGUGGAACAAGAACAAAAUCAGCAUUUUAGUGGGAAGGCAAAAAAUGCCUCUGAAGUGAUGUCUUCCAAAGAUCUAUUAACGCAAAUGCGAACUAGGAAUAUGUUUUCAUCUCCAUCGGGAAAUAAUACAUCAAAUAAUAAUGAUGUUGAUGGAGUUGUGCUAGAUGGAGCUAGAAAUAAAAUCUUGUUGGAAUUACGCGAUUUUAUUGCUGGAAAACCCAACACACAAGCAACUAGCCGGGCUAUUAUAAAUAAAUUUCAAUCAAAAUUGAGAAAUACCGAUAAUGCUGCUUUUCGUGCUAUGUUAAAUGAAAUGUGUACUUUUCGAUCUAUGACUCAUGGCGAAGGUGUUUGGGUCUUAAAGGCACAAUAUCGCCCAAAGUGA